UUGAAAUCGCUCUGGAAUGGUUUUCGACACUGCACGUCACUUUACGGCAGUGUUUUGCUCUCUGCCGUAAAGCAAGGCGUUCGGCUUGAGACCAGAGAAAGGUUAAAGUGACGCCUCGGAAAAGAGAGCACCAUGCCUUUCUGGGACCUUCAGUCUCGUUUGGGCAUCGACGUGGACGGCUGGCUGACCACCCAGAGCAACGAGCAGCCCAACAAGAAGGCGGCGCGCUGCCAUGUCUUUCAGAAGGAGUGGAUCGAGUGCGCCCACGGCAUUGGCUUGACCCGAGCAAAGAAGGAGUGUCAGUUGGAGUUUGAGGAUUUCUACGAGUGCAUGCACCGCACCAAGAUGCAAAAAAGGCUUGAGGCCAUCCGUGUGCAGCGAGAGAAGCUCAUCAAGGAAGGGAAGUACACGCCACCUCCGAGUCACUCUGCAAAGGUGGAGGACUCCAUAUGAAGGAGCUUGUCCUCACUAUCCCUGUGUACAGUAGACCUCAAGUCACCGUUGCCCCCUCCAUGUAAAAGGUUCCAAAUAAAUAUUAAGUUCUAUUCCA